AUGGCGGCUAGACAAGUCUCCGCGCCGCAGCGGCGAUCAAUCCUAAAGGUCUUAAUGAUUUCUCUUUUGUUAGAUCUGAUAUCGUUCACGUUCAUCCUCCCGCUCUUCCCAUCACUACUCACCUUCUACCGCGGCAAAGACCCAUCGCCGACGUCACUCCUCAACCGCAUAUUCCAUUACCUCAAUGCGUACAAAAACUCUUUUGCCAGGCCAAUUGACUCGCGCUACGAUAUUGUACUCCUCGGAGGUGCUCUGGGCUCCCUUUUCUCCUUCCUCCAGGCCAUUGCUGCUCCCUUCAUCGGCCGCCUAUCUGACAAACAUGGUCGAAGAACCGCUCUUCUUUGUUCCAUGGUGGGCAAUAUCCUCAGUGUUGCGCUCUGGGUAGCUGCAACUGACUUCCGCACCUUUCUCGCGAGUCGCAUUGUCGGUGGUCUUAGUGAAGGAAACGUCCAGUUGUCCAAUGCAAUCGCGACCGAUAUCAGCGAUGAGAGCCAGCGGGGAUCCACCAUGGCCCUGGUAGGCGCCUGUUUCAGUAUUGCCUUUACGUGUGGUCCGGCUUUGGGCGCUGCGCUCUCGAACAUCACCACGGUAGCAGCGAAUCCAUUCGCCACCGCCGCGGCCGUUUCUCUCUUUUUGAUUGUUCUGGAGACUACGUACUUGUACCGAUAUCUCCCCGAGACACAUCCACGUCUUUCAAAAUUUCAUACCACUUCGGAUUCUGAGCCAGCUCCCUCAAAUGGCGCCAAAACCCCGUCCGCUAAAUCUACGCCGCGCAAGCAUACGAAUAACCCAGCCUUGCUUAACUUCAUCCAUCUACUCUUCCUACUUCCAUUUUCCGGUAUGGAGUUUUCUCUUCCAUUCCUUACGGCAACCCUUUACGCUGGAAGAAGUGAUUCCAGUCCGUCAGCUCUUAACGGCCGUCUGCUUUCUUUAAUGGGCCUCAUUGCAUCCCUCCUUCAGGGCACCGUUGUUCGCCGCUUACCACCUCUCGUCACUGUGCGCGCUGGGGUAGUGGCGUGCGCCAUUUCUUUCUUCCUUCUCGCCCAUGUUUCGACGAUAACCGGGCUAUACGUUGCAGGCAGUCUGUUGGCUAUCACCAGCGCCACGGUGGUCACAGGAUUGAACAGCCUAGGCAGCUUCGAGGCUCGGGAAGGCGAGCGUGGCAUUGUGCUUGGCCGACUUAGAAGCUGGGGUCAGGUGGGUAGGGCUGCCGGUCCAGUCCUCUUCUGCUCUUUGUUUUGGUGGGCAGGCCGUGAGGUUGCCUAUACCACUGGUGGAUUUGCGAUGCUAGCUGUUUGCUUAGCUGUCUUCUCUACACUGAGGUCGCCUGUAAUCGCUUCGGCUGGGACAGAAGAGUCCAAGGCCAACUGA